AUGCCGACCAUCCCCUCCGACCAGCUCGUCAAGCUGCAGCAGCAGGCCGAGGGCAUCAGGAAUGUCAGUCUCCACCUCUGAACCCCCCCCCCCUCUCUCCACCACCCUCACACCCCCCACCCAGAUCUGCAUCCUCGCCCACGUCGACCAUGGCAAGACGUCGCUCACCGACGCCCUCAUCGCCACCAACGGCAUCAUCUCCCCCAAGCUCGCCGGCAAGAUCAGAUACCUCGACUCGCGCCCAGAUGAACAGCUCCGCGGCAUCACCAUGGAGUCGUCGGCCAUCUCGCUGUACUUCUCCCUGCUGCGCCGCUCGGCCCCCGACGCUCAGCCCGAGAGGAAGGAGUUCCUCAUCAACCUCAUCGACUCGCCCGGACACAUCGACUUCAGCUACGAAGUCUCCACAGCCUCGCGUCUCUGUGACGGCGCCAUCGUGCUCGUCGACGCCGUCGAAGGCGUCUGCAGUCAGACCGUCACCGUCCUGCGCCAGGCGUGGAUAGAAAAGCUCAAGCCCCUGCUCGUCAUUAACAAAAUGGACAGGCUCAUCACAGAAUGGAAGAUGACCCCAGCUGACGCCCACACACACUUGAACAAACUCGUAGAACAGGUAAACGCCGUCAUGGGCAGCUUCUACCAAGGCGAGCGCAUGGAGGACGACCUGCGCUGGCGUGAGAAGAUGGAGGAGAGGCUCAACGCCGCUGCCGCCGAGAAGACAAACACCACACCAUCUGCAGUAGCAGAGGCCGGUGACAGUAUAGACACCACCACCACACCCGCCGAGUACGAGGAGAAGGAUGACGAGGACAUCUACUUUGCUCCUGAAAAGAACAACGUCAUCUUCGCCAGUGCCAUCGACGGCUGGGCCUUCACAGUGAAGCAGUUCGCCAGCCUCUACGAGCGCAAGCUCGGCAUCAAGCGCUCCGUACUCGAAAAGGUGCUGUGGGGCGACUACUUCCUCGACCCCAAAACGAAGCGAGUCCUCAGCUCCAAGCAUCUCAAAGGGCGUCACUUGAAGCCCAUGUUUGUGCAGCUGGUGCUCGAGAACAUAUGGGCCAUCUACGAUGCCACUACGGGAGGUAACAACGGGAAGGGAGACCCCGCCAUGGUCGAAAAGAUUACAAAGUCUCUCAACAUCACCCUCCCACCACACGUCUUGCGGUCGCGCGACCCACGUGCCAUAUUGACUGCGCUCUUCGCCGCAUGGCUACCACUGUCGACCGCCCUGCUGGUCUCAGUCACCGAGUAUCUCCCAUCGCCUACCAAAGCCCAAGCGGAGAGGAUGCCCGAGAUCAUUGACACAUCGGUGGGCGCCGACCAUGUCGCCCCUGAAGUGCGAAAGGCCAUCACCCACUUCGACACCUCCAAAGACGCGCCGGUUGUGGCCUACGUCAGUAAAAUGUUCUCCGUCCCGGAAAGCGAACUACCACAGCACAAGCGAAGAGCAGGCGCGCUCACUGCCGAAGAGGCGCGUGAUCUUGGACGCAAGAAGCGCGCAGAACUCGCCCGACAGCAGGCCAUCGCCCAUGGCGAGACUUCAGAUCUGGGAAACAGUACAGACGCACUCAGCUCCACCGCCAUCGGCGAAGACGAAGCCAAUGCUGAAGAGGCAGCGCCUACGGAUGAGAAGGCCGAGCACUUGAUCGGUUUUGCCCGCAUCUACUCCGGCACGCUCAGCGUCGGUGACGAGGUCUAUGUGCUGGGCCCCAAGUUCUCUCCAGCGAACCCACACGCAGAGCCCGCGCCGAAGAAGGUUACCGUCACUGCGCUGUACCUCAUGAUGGGACGUGGCUUGGAGUCUCUGACUUCAGUGCCCGCCGGCGUGGUGUUUGGCAUUGGUGGUCUCGAAGGACAAAUGCUCAAGUCGGGAACGCUUUGCUCGCAGCUGCCAGGCUCUCUCAACCUGGCUGGUGUGACGAUGGGCUCCGAGCCCAUCGUCCGUGUCGCCUUGGAGCCGGAGAACCCUUACGAUCUCGACAAGAUGAUCAACGGCUUGAAACUACUGGUGCAGUCUGAUCCGUGUGCCGAGUACGAACAGCUGCCCAGCGGUGAGCACGUCGUCCUGACAGCGGGCGAGCUGCAUCUUGAGCGAUGUCUGAAGGACCUCGAAGAGCGCUUCGCCAAGUGCAAGAUCCAAGCUGGCGAACCAAUCGUCCCCUACCGAGAGUCGACUGUCGCCGCAGCCGAAAUGAACCCUCCCAAGAAUCCAGAACUCGGCCGUGGUGUGGUGGUGAGCGCAACAGCGAACAAGCAGCUAUCGGUGCGUCUGCAGGUCCGCCCGCUGCCGCCCAGUGUUACGGAGUUCUUGAGCAAGAACGCUGGGUCGAUCAAGAGGCUGAACUCUGAACGCAAGGCGCAAGAGACGCAGCACUCGGACGAGCAGACAGCCGCUGAGGUGGAGGGCGCUGAGCAGGACGGUAUGCAGGAGGCCGAGCAGCGCGAGAUGGGUCAGACGCUCAGCCCAGUGGAGUUCAAGAAACAGCUCAAGGACGCUUUUGCUGAAGCCAAGAAAGAGCGGGAGAUCUGGACAGAAGACGUGAUUGACAAAAUCACUGCGUUUGGACCGCGCAACAGAGGGCCAAACAUGCUGAUUGACACCACCAGCGCAGGCAUCUGUGGCAAAGCUCUUGUCGAUACCGCCGAUACCGACGACACAACAGAGCGCGCGUCCACUGCGCGCUCCUUCGCCUCAACCAUCAUCUAUGCCUUCCAGCUCGCCACGGCACAAGGUCCCUGCUGCGCUGAGCCCGUCCAAGGCCUCGCCGUCUUCCUGCAGGACGUGACCCUCGACGAGUCCACAGCCGAGACCGACCACCACCGCCUCACGGGCGAAGUCAUCAAAGCCGUGCGCUCAGCCAUCCACGCUGGCUUCCUCGACUGGUCCCCACGCAUGCUACUCGCCAUGUACUCCUGCGAGAUCCAAGCUUCAACCGACGUACUCGGACGCGUCUACGCCGUGCUAACCCGACGCCGCGGCACCAUCCUCUCCGAAACCAUGUCCUCGUCCGCCGCCUCGACAACCGGCAACCAAACCUUCACCAUCAGCGCGCUCCUCCCUGUCGCCGAGUCCUUUGGCUUUUCUGACGAAAUCCGCAAGCGCUCCUCCGGCUCCGCAUCCCCACAGCUGCGCUUCGCCGGCUUCGAAAUGCUCGACGAAGACCCCUUCUGGGUUCCCUUCACCGAGGACGAACUCGAGGACUUGGGUGAGCUUGCGGAUCGCGAGAAUGUCGCCAAGCGCUAUGUCGAUCGCGUGAGGCGCAGGAAGGGUCUGCUCGUCAAAGAAGUCAAGGUCGAGGCUGAGAAGCAGAAGACGCUUAAGCGGUGA